AAAAAUCGAAAUUAAAAACAGAAAACUCCCUUCACUUCUUCGUCGUCACUGCCUUACUCUUCCCCUGCGUAGCAACAGGCGUUCUUCUUUGCCGCUUCUGCCGGCCACCGCCAUAGCCGCAGUCGUUCUUCUUCGUCGUUGUUCUUCUUCACGGCCUCUCCCUCCGUUUGAGCAUUUCUAGAUCUUAAGAGAAAUGGCUCCCGCGGCUCCUCGAUCCGGUGAUGCGAUCUUCGCCAGCGUCGAACGCGUGAAUGCAGAACUAUUCACUUUGACUUAUGGAGCAAUCGUCCGUCAGUUGCUUACUGAUCUGGAGGAGGUUGAGGAGGUCAACAAACAGCUUGAUCAAAUGGGCUAUAAUAUAGGAAUUCGACUAAUUGAUGAGUUUCUGGCAAAAUCUAAUGUGUCCAGAUGUGUUGACUUUAAGGAGACAGCAGAAGUGAUUGCAAAGGUGGGUUUCAAAAUGUUCCUUGGGGUCACUGCAUCUGUUACGAAUUGGGAUGCUGAUGGGACCUGUUGCAGCAUUGUUUUGGAGGAUAAUCCCCUUGUAGACUUCGUAGAGCUUCCUGAUACGUGUCAAGGUCUCUACUAUUGCAACAUCUUAAGUGGAGUCAUAAGAGGAGCCCUAGAGAUGGUGUCAAUGAAGACUGAAGUUACCUGGAUCCGUGAUGUGCUUAGAGGGGACGAUGCAUAUGAGCUGCAGGUGAAACUUUUGAAGCAAGUUCCCGAAGAGUACCCGUACAAGGACGACGAGUAAUAAGAGAACCUAGACCUUGACAUGACAAUGCACACUUAACCAUAAUAUUAUUUUGCCUAUCGUUCUCAAUGUCUCCAUGAAGAAUAGGAGUUGAAAAACACUUGCCUUGAUAUACAGUUGCAUGCCUGUUAUGUACCAGAAUGGAUUUUCCAUUUUCAUUGAAGGUUUAGAUUAUCCAUAUUCCCAAUAUAUAAAUGUUAUUAAGGCUGCUGCAUUCAUAACGUUUCAUAUCUCUGUUUAUGAUCUGAGUGGAAUUUGUUUUGGGUU